UGGUCCCAUUUGGCAGAUCAUUGAUAAGAGAUGGCAUCAUCAGCUUCAUAGGCCCAUCCAUGCAGCAGCCUAUUAUUUGAAUCCGGCAUUCCAUUUUAGCCCUACUUUCAGGGCUGAUGCGGAGGUCCUUGAUGGGCUAUACUCAGUCAUGGAGAAGAUGGCACCUGUUGGUUGUACUCAGUCAGAUCUUAUGCGAGAGCUACAGUUGUUCUCAAAUGCACAAGGGGAGACCUUUUCUCGUCCUAUCGCCAAAGAAAGUAGGACAACUAUGAUGCCAGAUAAUUGGUGGAACUUUUUUGGCCCAACGACACCAAAUCUUCAGAAGUUGGCCAUUCGCAUCUUGAGCCAACCAUGCAGUGCAUCUGGUUGUGAGCGCAAUUGGAGUAUGUUUGAGCACAUACACUCCAAGAGGCGCAAUAGAUUAUCCGUGGAGAAGAUGAAUGAUCUUAUCUUUGUUCACUAUAACCUCCGCCUGAGAAUGAGAAAGAAUGCAUUAGCUGACAUCUCUCCUAUCAUUCUAGAUGAGGUUGAUCCUGAGGCAGAGUGGGCCAUUGAGACAGAUCCUGUGGCUGUCUUUAGUGAUGAUGACACUGAUUGGAUCGACCAGGUAGAUAUAGAGGCUGAGGCUGUAGCCAUGGCAGAGGAGGAGCAGAGAGCACGAGCAGAGAGAGGAGAUUCAGAGGCAGAUGGUGAUAGUGACAGAGAUGGUGACAGUGACACAGAUGUUCCUGAUGUUGGUGAGCAUGGCGUGGUGUCACGAGGAGCGGCUAUGGCUGCCCAAUCAUCUAUGACCUACCUUAGACGCCUUCGUAGGGGGGCGGGGCCUUCAUCGGAGCCGACGUCGGGGCCGGAGGGUGCAGACUCCUCUGCGCCAUAGGCUUGUAGAUGUAUUUACCUUUGUUAUUUGUAUGGAACAUUUGAUGAUGAUCAUAUGAUGACAUGGAUUUUUUAUUCCAUGAGUUUUGUAAUAUUGUAUACAUUUGACAAUAUUUAUAUAUCUAUGUUUGUUA